AUGAUUUUAUCUUUAGUAUUGUUGAACUGUUUAACUCAAAAAAUGUCAGACAUCCAAAUAGACACAGCAACCUUUUUAACUCGAACACGUAGUACUGAAAAAAUGUUUGUGAAAAAUGUCAUUGUGCCAACUCCUUCUGGCAAUUUUAUUGGAUUUGUUGUUGCUCGUUCUACCAGUCCUUUCAUUCUCUCAAUCUUCAUUUUUCGUUCCAAUAAAUUUGAGGAGUUUUUUACAAUGAACAAUUACUGUGGUGUACUGUGUGACGUGGCAGUUUCAACUUCUUAUCCUCUCAAGAUUUUUUUGCUGAACGAGCAGCAUCACUUGAGUUGUGUUGGAGUGGAUGACGACGAAUCGAAAGAAUUACCCAACCGAUGUUUUGCCGUCUCAAUACAACCGGAAGUUCCCGGGCUCGAGUCAUUCAAAGUGUUCAACAAUUUUCUCCUAUUCGGUUUCAAGCAAGGUGUCCGUCUCUACAGUCUUGAGGAUGAUUCCUGCGACACUUCAACCCAAAGUGCUGUUGAAACUACAAGUGAUAGUUCUUUUACUAUAAAAGAAACCAUAAAAAAAUUUCGAAAUAUCCAGCAUUUGUUUGACUGUACCGGCGAUGUGUGUGGUGUUGAUAGCGUUGCGCUAGAUUCGCAUUACUUAAUAUAUCCCACCAAUGAAUCUUCAGUAUUAGAAGAUGUUGUUAGUAGUAGCGUCUUGUCGAUGUUUAUGAAUUAUACGAAGGGGUAUUUAGAGAUCUUUGACAUUACAAGGAAACAAGUCGUUUGCAGGUUUACGGCGUCGGCAUAUGCUCCGAUAAAAAUUGUUAGUCUAAGUCCCAGCGGCAACUUUCUAGCAGUGGCAGACCAAUACGGAAAGAGUGUACGCGUUUUUCGCGUGCACCACAAAACGGAAAAGGCAAUUUCGCUGAUCCACGUCGUUGAUCGGGGAAACACCCAAACCAAUAUCAGACAACUUCUCUUCUCUCGAGAAGAUGAUAUCCUUGUUUUACUCUCGCAACAGUCUGUACGCUUUAUUUUGAUUGACAGAACAAAGACAACAAAUUACUCGACACUCUGUGACGGGGAAUCCAUCUGUAAAUUUUCGCCUGCCACAAAAGUCCAACGCGUUGCGCAGCUCGACAAGGGCGAAACCCAAAAUCCCUCCUUUGCGUUAUUUGGAGAAGAUGGAUAUGUCACAAUCGUUCAAUUAAUAAUCAACGACGGUAAAAUCAAAUCAAAAAGUCAAGUCACGGAACAACACUUAGUCUUUAGCUUAAUUAAUUCAGAACAACGGGUAUCACUGCUGAACAUAUCUCAAACACAAGACUUAGAUUUGCAACAGGCAUUUGAUUGGUUUUAUCGAAGUUCCUCAAAAUAUGCAUACGCUCAAUAA